CCCUCACGCAACAUGGCGCCCGGAGCUUUAUAUAGGAGAUGGGCCGUAGCUCUUCCCUGAGUCACUGCUGCUCGCCCACAUCCAAGAUGGCGCUGGCCAGCCUGCUGGAGCCGCAACAGACCGUGAACCGGGCCGGGUACUUCGGUUUGGGCGCCGGCUGCGAAUUUCGGUUGGCCGCGCUCAGCUCUUACGAUGGAGGAGAAAAGGGGCCGGAGGCCGCGGGAUUGCACUUGUCUCUGGCCGCCCCUUGUCCCAGCACCGCCGCGGUGGAUGCCAAGAUCGAGCUCCUGCACGGGACCACCACUUUGGCCUUCAAGUUCCAGCAUGGUGUGAUUGUAGCGGUAGACUCACGGGCCACCGCAGGAGUCUACAUCGCAUCACAAACGGUUAAGAAGGUCAUCGAGAUCAAUCCUUACCUCCUUGGCACCAUGGCUGGCGGUGCAGCGGAUUGCAGCUUCUGGGAGCGGCUGCUGGCUCGGCAGUGCCGCAUCUACGAACUCCGCAACAAGGAGCGCAUCUCGGUGGCCGCUGCCUCCAAGCUGCUGGCCAACAUGGUGUAUCAGUACAAGGGCAUGGGGCUGUCCAUGGGCACCAUGAUCUGUGGCUGGGACAAGCGAGGGCCAGGCCUGUACUACGUGGACAGCGAAGGGAACCGGAUCUCAGGCACAGUUUUCUCAGUGGGGUCCGGUUCUGUCUAUGCCUACGGGGUGAUGGACCGGGGCUACUCUCCCAAUCUCUCGGUCGAGGAAGCCUACGAUCUGGCCCGUCGUGCCAUUUACCAGGCUACGUACCGCGACGCCUACUCAGGGGGCACCGUCAACCUCUACCACGUCCGUCAGGAUGGCUGGAUCCGUGUCUCGAGCGACGACGUGGCCAAACUACACGAAUCGUUCAACGACACAACCGCCGAGACAGUGGCUUAAGCUAGAGGACUGUGGCGGGUGGGCUGAGGCUCAGAACUUGGCAUUGUAGGGGCUGUUGGCAGCAGAGAAUUUGCAUAUGUAUAGAAUAGGUGGGAGCGUGGUUUAUCCAUUAAGCAAAAUGGGGUAGGGGUCAGCCAACACGAUGGAAGAAGAUUUGGGUCCUCUUAUUGGCGGGAGGGACAGGAACACGCCCCCAGGUUGGCCGUUGUGGGGUACGUUUGUCUCAUGCUUGUGGCCGGUGUUCCCUGUAGCAAAAUACUUUGCUUGUUCUGAAUAAAAUUUUUACUCUCCCAA